AAUCUGCGAUUAUCCGAUACCAAAAAAAAAAAAAAAAAUUAUAAAGGAAAAAUAUAUGUAAAAAAAAAAAAAGAAUAAAAAGCAAACCAAAGAGCAUAAUAAAAAUUACACAUAAAAUAAAUCGUUUAGUGAUCCUAUUCCGAUUCCCAGGCGGUGCCAAUACCAAUACCAAUUCAAAUCGAUUUCCACGCAAGCGUUUCUAGAGCGUGAACAGAUCAAUAUAAAUGAAUUACAACUAAAGGCAAACAAAAAAUAUAUACAACGAAAUUAACAAGCAUUAAGCAAGCAAAUAAAAAGAAUAUCGAACCACUAAAGCACCUGGCAAGAGUCCAAAUUAUAAACACAUUUCAGCGCGAAAGCAUCAACAAAUCGUACAAGUUGGAAAAAACAGCGGAAAACUUUGUUUUCAAUUCCAAACAUCAAUAGAAGAAAUACAAAAUAAUAAAAAGGACAGCGCACACGCACCGAGGUCGAAAAAUAAGAAAAAUCGAUAACCAAAGCGGAAAUUAUCCAAAAACGCCAAAUAAUUGAUUGAUCUGAUUGAAUAUUUUCAAUAUAAACACAAGGCAAGGAAAGGCGCCUAAAGGCCACAGUUAAGGAAAACCUAAUCCGGGAUACCAAAUAUACAGCGAUAACUAUUUGAAUGGAAGCAAUAUCGAAGCUCAAUCGGCAAGACAACGAUAAACCCGAUAGCAAGUACGUGGAAAAAGCGCCGAUAGCGAGACUUCUGCAUUGCCACGCCUACCGCUGUCGCAAAGAGACCGCUAAGCGAGGCAGACACAACUGUACCCAUCUAAGCAGAGCUUAGAGCAAAAAGCCAACUAAAAAAAAAAACCCCGACAAGUAAUCCCAAUUUCUUUUUUGCUACGCGCACAAGAAGCCAACAAACCCCUGAACUAUAGAAUGGUAGAAGGUGAUUCCGCAAAGGGCAAAAGCGAAUCCUAUAAUGUAGAAGCUGGACUACAACCGAACUACAACCAGAGCGCAGCAAGCAACCAAGCAAGCAACCAUCCCACUGGCCAGGCUAACGCACCAGCCACCGGAAACGCGACCUCGCAUAUUGACAACCGAGCGAUCAUCCAGCCGUACUCCUUGGGCACCGGAGCCAAGCAGCCGGAGUAUCAAUUUGCGGCGGACAAUCGCGGCUACGAGCCGGACAGCCAUGCCAAUGGCAAGCAGCAGGACGUAGAGCGGGACGCCCCCGAUGGGGGUCGCGGGGGUCAUGGGCCAUCUGGCAAGGGGAACAAGGGACGCAAGAAGUCCGUACCCUUGCCAGAACCCACUGCCCCAAUAGUCGCCAACUUCGAGAGGGCAAUCGAACUAUGCGGCUAUGGCAAGUUCCAUUAUAUAUUGCUGGCCAUCUGCGGAUUGGUCAGCACCUCCGAGGAAAUGGACGUCAUCUCAAUGUCGUUCAUCUUACCCUCGGCGGAAUGUGACCUGGAUCUGAAUACGGAGACUAAGGGAUGGCUGAACUCGAUCAUCUUCAUUGGCAUGAUGGUGGGCGCCUAUUUCUGGGGCAGCAUUGCCGACAGCUUUGGCCGUAAAAAGGUUCUCAUCGUCAUCUCGUUCAUGAACGCCUUCUGCAUCGUCGCCUCGUCCUUCUCGCAGACCUAUUCCUUCUUCAUGCUGUUUCGGUUUCUCAAUGGUGCAGCUUUGGGCGGCAGCGGUCCUGUAAUCUGGUCGUACUUCGCCGAAUUCCAGCCGAAGGCGAAGCGCGGCUCCAUGCUAAGUUUCAUGGCCGCCUUCUGGACGUUUGGUAACCUUUUCGUCGCCAGUUUGGCUUGGUUGAUCAUCCCGCGCACGAUUGGUUUCAUCACGCCGUACUUUACGUACAACUCAUGGAGGAUUUUCCUGUUGGUCUGCUCCCUGCCCUCGUUCCUUGUGGGAUUCCUGCUCUUCUAUCUGCCGGAAUCGCCGAAAUUCCUGUUGACCCGCGGCAAGAAGGAUCGUGCUUUGGCCAUUUUCCGUGGCAUUUUCGUAACUAACACGAAACGCCGUCCUGAUGAGUACAUGGUCUAUGACCUGGAGGUCGAUGAGAAGCUGCUGGAGAGCAAUGGCAGUGUGAAGAACAAGUAUAGCCGCAUGAUCAGCGGGAUGGUGGACCACAGUCGCGCCUUGUUUAAGUCCCCAAUUCUACGUUUCACCAUCGUUUCGAUCACGAUCAACUUUACAUUCCACAUUGGCUACUAUGGCCUAUUGAUGUGGUUCCCAGAGCUCUUCAAUCGUUUCGAGGAGUACGAGAAGGCCUUCCCUGGCCAGUCGGCCGGUGUUUGUUCCGUCACGGAUUACGUCGUUAACUUGGCUAAGGAGCAAAGCAACAAUGGCACCUGCUCAUCAGAUAUUCCGCAGUCGGUGUUCAUGGAAUCGCUGAUAUCUUUGGCCUCGGCGCUGCCCGCCAAUCUGCUAGCCAUCCUGGGCAUGGACAUGCUGGGCAGGAAGUUCUUCUUGAUCGCCGGUACCAUGACCGCUGGCAUAUGCUCGGCGCUGAUGUACUUUGUGCGCAGCUCCAUGCAGAACCUGAUCGUGUCGGCCAUCUUCAGUGGCGCCAUAUCGGCAGCCAAUGCGGCGCUCGACUGCCUCAUCACCGAAGUAUUCCCCACCAAACUGAGAGCCACCGGCGUGGCCAUCUCUAUGGUGGCUGCCCGUUUGGGUGGCAUUAUUGGAAACAUUGUGAUCGCCCAGCUGCUGGACAACUAUUGUCCAUCGCCCACGUUCAUCGUAUCGGGCCUGCUCAUCGGCGGCGGUCUUAUGUGCCUCCUUUUACCCAACACGACGCGUAAGGAACUCAAUUAAUGGAACUCUAAUCACUAGCUGAUAACCGCCCCCCAACACCCAGCCAAAAAGUCCAUAGAAUCUUCUUUUGAAGUCACAUUAUGUCUUGACAGGACUUGUGGACUAACAAUUUUCCCUACGAAAAUCAACAAUAGUUAACAGAAAACCAAAAAUCAAACCCCCAGCCCCAGCCACAAGUAAUUUCCAUUUGCCCCCAUCCCGCCAGAGGAUCGGGGUCUAUCUGUGUAUAUAUGGUAUGUGUGUGCUACAAUACACGAUUAUUUGUAUCGUCAGUAAUUAUUUAACGAUAGCGAUAAAGAUUUUCUUUGUGUGUCUAAUUUUAAACGCCCCCCCACCCCCUCUUUUCCCCUACAAAUAUCUAUCUAUCUAUUUGGAAUUUAAACGAACCCACUAAAUUCAAUCAGAAAUGGGCAAAAGAAAACAUCAAAAAAAAAACGAUGAAAAUCAAUAGAGUAUUCUUCUGCCCAAAAUGAUUUGCAAAGAAAACCCCAAGCCAGCGAGAAGAUAUAGCAGGUAGGAUCGAUAAAUAUCGAUUUAUAUGUAUGUAUGUACGAUAUGUAGAGAGUAAUAUAUAUUUGGCAAGCGCCGGCGCCGGCUGAAGCAGCAGCAGCGGGACCGAGUAACGAUAAAGAUAAAACCGAAACCCCGAAACAACAACACCAAUCCCAUGGGAAUCUAACGUUCUCGGUCGCCCUGUUGUCCGUUAUUGUUGUUAUUAUUGCUAUUAUUGCUAUUAUUAAUGCAUCCAAUGUAAAACACAUACGUAUAUAACUUUAUCUAUAUAUUAAACAUAUAUCAAAAACCA